AUCUCAUCAUGUGCAUUUCGUAAAUUAACAACCUUAAUACAGCUCCCUUACACUUAAAAACAAAGGCCUUCUGUUUUCUAUCUCUCUUUCUCUUGAGUGUUCCAGCUCAUGGCUGUCACUACCAGUACCACCGCGAGUUGCACUGGCCUUUUCAAUUUCCGUUCUAAUUCCGAUGAGGACAGGGUCCGGACAUCAUCGAGCCAUGGCUCAGCUGGGUGCGGAAAGCUUGAUGGGGUGGCUAUGUGGUUCAUUAAUGGUGUGGCUAGUGCUUUUUUUGCAUCUUUAGAAAGAUGUUCUUGCAUCCGUAUUGCCACUGUUGAUGAUGGCGAUGAGGCAAACGACGCGCCGUUGAUUCUCAACGACGGAAACACAAGGCAUGAAGGUGGCACUACUAGCAGGAGAAGGACAGGGAAAGGAAAGAAGCAGAGUACUACAAGUGGAGCAUUUGAUGAUUACUAGUUAGUCAGCAAAACAAGAAAAAUGUGCGUUUUGGUAAGUUAAUUAUGGGGUUUUGGGUUGGGUUGGGUUGGGAUGUUUAAGGUUUGGUCUUUAUGGUUUUGGAAGAGGUUGAGAAAUAAUAAUUAAACCAGAAAAUGGGGAUUAAUUAUGUUAUAUGUUUGAUGAGUUUGAAUCUCUUAUGCAUAUGUUCAAAUGAAUUAAAGCAAUUCAAUAAGUGAUUUAAGCUUUUUAUGUUCAUAAAUUACUCAA